AUGACUCUUACUGAUCAACAAUUACGACAAGAAUUAAUAAAUUAUGGUGAAACUGUUCCACCGAUUACUCAACGUAAUCGUGAACAACUUCGUGCUCGACUUGAAAUACUUCGUUCACAAACACGAACACGUUCUCAUGCUUCACCAUCACGUUCUCAAACAACUGCUUCACCAUCGCGAUCUCAAGCUGCUGCAUCACCAUCCCGUACAACACGUACUAGUGCUGCUGCUGUUUCUGCUUCGCCAUCACGAACUCAAGUUGCUGCUUCUCCAUCACGUACAACACGUGCUACAGCUUCACCAUCACAUUCACUUGCUACGAGUUCACCAUCACGUACUCGUACAAGUGCAACAACUCCUACAGGAGAAUCACGUCGAACAACACGAUCACAACAACCAUCUAAUCUUAUUGAAUUAAGUGAUUCAGAAACAGAUUCAUCAACUGGUGUUCUUAUGUCAAGAUCACUUCGUGCUGGACAAACAACACCUAAUCUUCAAACACGUUCAAUUGCACUACGUCGUCAAACGGAUUCACCAACUACAAUAUCAUCAAUAAGUGAUACAGGGGCUUCAGCAAAUAUAACUGAUGAUGUUGAACAAUCAAUUGCUCGUCAUCGUCGUGAAAUUAAACAAUUACUUGAUUCAGCACGUGAUCGAAAUCGUGCUACUGAUACAAGUAUUUCUUCACAUUCGGUUGAACAGCAAGAACGAAAAGGAACACCAAUUCGUUCAAGUUCAAAAUCACGUACACAUCAACAACCAUUAAAAAUCAAUGAUGAUGAUGAUGAUGAUGAUGAAGAUAAAACUGAUAAAGUUAAACGAUCACCAAAAUCUGAUAAGGAUGAACAAAAAAAAUCACCAUCAUUUAAACAUAUACGAAGACCAAUUCAAUCAUUUUGGGGAAAAAAUUUAGAUCUAAUUAAAAAUAUUUUCAAAUUUUUAAUUGUUAGUUCCCUUCUUAUUGGUGCAGCUAUUUUCCUAUUACGAAAUUAUGAUGAAUUCUUCAUACCUAACAAAGCAAUCAAUUGUUCGGUUAAAAAUGCAACUCAAUGUGAAGAGAUGGCACCAGUAAUUACUGCAGUACGAAAACAAUUACAAAUUCGAACUGGUGAAGUCGAUUGUGGUUUUCGUAAUAAAACUGAUAUUUUGGUUACACGACCUGAAAUUGAGAGAUAUUUAAAUGAAAAAGGAUUGAAAUUUAAUUUGGGUAAUGAAGAACGAUGGAAGGCAUUAGUUACCUAUAUCCUUGAUAAGCCAUUAAAAGACAUAUUAGUAUGGAAUGAAAGAAAUCAAGAAACGAAAAAUAUUGCUGCAGCAAAAAAAUUAAGUACACCGGAAGCAUUACGUGCAUUAACAUGUCGUGUUCGACAAGAUGCUAGUAAAACAUUCAGAAAUUUAAUUUUACUUAUCUUAGGAUCCACUGGCCUUUUAACAUUAGCUUGGUAUCUUCAAAAACAAUCAAAAACACAUGAAGAAAAUGAAAGAACAUAUCAUAAUCUUCUUGAAAAAGCAAAAAAAUUAGUUGAAGAACAAUAUGAAAAACAUAUUCAAGAUCCUAAUGCACAACCAUGGCUUGCUAUCAGUCAUAUUCGUGAGAAACUUAUUUCAAAAGAAGAUCAAGAUAAAUUGAAAAAUAUUUGGGAACGUGUUAAAAAGCAAAUAACUAAAGAAUAUUCACGAAUCAGUUCUGAAACACAAGAAAUCAAUGGUGAAAGUUCUGAUGUUUGGCGAUGGUUAAAAUCAUCACCAAAAAAGAAUAAAUCGGAACCUUUAAAGAGUUCAAAUGAAGAAAGUAAUGGUUUUAUGACAUCUGAAGUAGGUCUUACGGAAUGUCUUAAAUUACGUAAUUGCUUUCGUUCGGAUAAUUAUGCUGAUGAUGAAGAAAUUGAUCAUGUUAUCGAAAGUAUUCGAAAUCGAUGUGCUAGUAUUGAACGAAUUGAACAUAUUGGAAUUCAUUCGGUUUUUGUUUAUUUAAAAUUUUCAUCAAAAGAAGCAGCUGGUAAAGCUUAUGAUUUACUUAAUAAUUGGAAAUAUGAAAAUCGAACAAUAAAUGUUAAAUAUAUCCGUCUUAAUCGAUAUCAUGAACAUUUUCCUGAUGCACGAAAUGCUAGUCCAAAGAAAUAA